AGCGCCGUGUCAGACCAGGCGGGGUUUCACUGCAGGGAUCAAGGAAGUUACAGAGUUCCAGUUUCUGUGAGGCAUUUCGCAGGCGCUCCAUCACCCCCACCUGUCCGGGUGCUGCAGUCAGACCCUGUAGGAGCGCGGCCCCGCGGUGAUCCAUGGGUGAGUGUCUGCGACGCGCUUUCCCGUGCCUGGGCUGUCUGUGGGACCGGAUCUAUAAAAAGAAAGAGGAUCCCCCUCAGCUAGAACCUCGAGAUAAGGAGCGACAUCAAGAAGAAGAAGAAGAAGAAGCCCCCGAGCAUGUCCCCAUGGAGAGACUCCCGCCGGCGCGCGGGGAGAGCGCGGCGGAGAGCGCCAUCUACACGGCGCUGUGGUCGUUCGAGUCCCGGCAUGAGGAAGAGCUGUCCUUCCAGGAGGGGGACCUGUUCCAGGUCCUGAACCGCAGCGGGGACUGGUGGACCGCGCGCAGGAUCGACAGGACCGGGAUCGUGCUGGAGGAAGGGAUCGUGCCAUACAACUACCUGGCGCAGACGGAGAGUCUGCACGUGCAGCCAUGGUAUUAUGGGGUGAUGAGUCGCUACCAGGCUCAGAGCCACUUGGGGAGUCCAGAAAAUGAGGAGGGAGCGUUCCUGAUUCGACGGAGUGAGAAGGACCACAUUGGAUAUGUUCUCUCAGUGAAGUCCAGCAGCCGUGUCAAGCAUUUUAAAAUCUACGAAAAAAACGAAACCUGCUUCUAUGUGGAGCACAAGCACACCUUCACCUCUCUGAUGGAGCUCGUGAGGUACUACAGCACCAACAGCCUCAUAGACACAGGCCAACUGGGGAACCCCUGCAAGAGGAAAAAGCCCAUCAUCCAUGAUCUGAAUCACUUCACUGUGAGUGAAUGGGUGCUCCCCAAAGCAGAGUUUACCCUGGAGGAGCCGCUUGGCCAUGGCUGCUUUGCAGAUGUCUACAGAGGACGGUGGAAGAAUCAGAUCAAUGUGGCCAUCAAAGUUCUGAGAAAUGACUCAGAUAUCAGCCACAGAGAGUUUUACAGAGAAGUCCACUUUCUGAAGGGUCUGCGCCACCGCCACCUCCUCUCUCUGUUCGCCGUCUGCACCGAGGACACGCCGUAUUACAUCAUCACCGAACUGAUGACCAGGGGAAGUCUGCUGCAUUUCCUCAGAGGAGAGGAUGGAAAACGCCUUGAUGUCUCAUCCCUUAUUGACAUAGCUGCCCAGGUGGCUGAUGGGAUGUCAUUUCUGGAGAAGAGAAACAGCAUCCACAGAGACCUUGCAGCUCGAAAUGUUCUUGUUGCAGAGGACUACAUCUGCAAGGUGGCUGACUUUGGGCUGGCCAGAAUCAUUAAGGUUUUGACAAUAGUGAAGUGUAUGAAAAAGUCUCAAGAGGAUACAGGAUGCCGCGUCCUCCAAAGUGUCCCAUGUCUUUGUACGAGAUCAUGAUGAAGUGCUGGAGCCUCGAACCAGAGGACAGGCCGGACUUCAAGACCCUGCAGAGCCAGCUGGACGGCGGCUUGUAUGAGAUGGCCUGAACUUCUGCUGGUGUUUGUUCAGUGGAGCGGCAGAAAUCGCAAUGAAAACAAACUGAAACCUCAUUCGUUAAAUUAUCUUCAAAACAGCAACUUUUGUUUCUCUUCAGUCCUUAGAGCCAGACAUGUUAUCAAAGCCAUCAAGACUUUAUAAAAGAAGUUUUGUUUCAUUGUAAGAUUUAUUGAAGACACAGCACUGAAUUAAUCUGAGAAGCCCUGAGCAUUAAGCCUGAGUCUAAAGACCAGGAUUAGUUUCACCAGAAAACAAUAAGAUACGAUACAACACAACAAACAGUUUUUCUCUUUAUUUUUGAAAUGAAUGUAUGUGCAAUAACUUGACUUCAUAGUCAAUUGUUCUUAUUCUUAUUUUCUUUUAAAUGUGAUGAUAUUUUGAUUAAUGAAAAAAGUAUCUGUGAAGUGUGCACUGAUGAUGGCAAUCUAAGUAAAGAGCAAUGGAAAUAAAAUCAAAUGUAUACACGUGUCUUUAAUUCUGAACUCUGUUCCCUUGAAACAAAAGGUUUUAUUUAAAUGUUUAUAUGAACAGAGAAGUUCAUUGAGCACUAAUUCUUAUUUACAACCUGGAACUAUGAAGCAUUUUAUUUGGACUUUUGAAGAGCUAAACACAUUUUAGUUAAUUAUCAUGUUGGACUGUUAAAUCAUUAUCCUCUGAAGAGGUCAAAACUUUGAUUAUAUUUAAGACAAAAACAGUUCUUGCCUGAAACAAACUUCAAACAAGUAACAACAUUGUUACAGUUUAUCCCUUCCAUCCAUCCAUCUUCUAAACUGGUUUAUUCCUGUCAAGGGCCACGUGGUUGCUGGAGCCUAUCCCAACUCACACAUAAGGGCUGGAGUCAGCACUUAACCUAUGAAGCAUUUUUUUUUAAGAAUGUUGGAGUCUGUGGAGUCUUCAGGUGGAGGUAGAUGUUCUUCACUUCAGAGAAGUUUGAUG